AGGGGUCUUUUGGUGAAGUUUUUAAAGGAAUUGACAAUCGGACUCAGAAAGUUGUUGCUAUAAAAAUUAUUGACCUAGAAGAAGCAGAAGAUGAAAUAGAAGACAUCCAACAAGAAAUCACGGUGUUGAGUCAGUGUGACAGUCCAUAUGUAACUAAAUAUUAUGGAUCCUAUUUAAAGGAUACCAAAUUAUGGAUAAUAAUGGAAUAUCUAGGUGGAGGCUCUGCCCUUGAUCUAUUAGAGCCUGGCUCACUUGAUGAAACUCAGAUUGCUACAAUAUUGAGGGAGAUACUCAAAGGACUCGACUACUUGCAUUCUGAGAAGAAAAUCCACAGAGAUAUUAAAGCUGCUAAUGUAUUGCUGUCAGAACAAGGGGAAGUAAAACUGGCAGAUUUUGGAGUAGCUGGGCAGCUAACAGAUACACAGAUAAAGAGAAAUACCUUUGUGGGAACACCAUUUUGGAUGGCACCUGAAGUAAUAAAGCAAUCAGCAUAUGAUUCAAAGGCAGAUAUCUGGUCAUUAGGCAUAACAGCCAUAGAACUUGCAAAAGGAGAGCCACCUCAUUCAGAAUUACAUCCAAUGAAAGUUUUGUUCCUCAUUCCUAAGAACAAUCCACCAACGCUGGAAGGAAACUUCAGUAAAUCCCUCAAAGAAUUUGUCGAGGCCUGCUUAAACAAGGACCCAAGCUUUAGACCUACUGCAAAAGAGCUUUUAAAACACAAGUUCAUUUUACGAAACUCCAAGAAAACAUCUUACUUGGCUGACCUCAUUGACAGGCAUAAGAGAUGGAAGUCUGAGCAAAGUCAUGACGACUCCAGUUCUGAUGACUCGGAUACUGAAGCAGAUGGUCAGGCUUCAGGUGGGAGUGACACAGAAGAGUGGAUCUUUACAAUAAGAGAAAAAGACCCCAAGAAUCUAGAGAAUGGAGCAGCCCAGCCUUUGGAGUUGCAAAGAAAUAAGGAAAAGGAUAUCCCAAAGAGGCCUCUAUCCCAAUGCCUGUCUACAAUUAUAUCCCCUUUAUUUGCAGAGUUGAAAGAGAAGAGUGAGGUUUGUGGUGGUAACACAGAUUCCAUAGAAGAACUGAGGAAGGCAGUUUAUUUAGCUGAAGAGGCUUGUCCAGGCAUUGCAGAUACCAUGGUGUCACACCUUGUGCAGAGGCUUCAGAGAUAUUCCCUAGCUGGAGGAAGUUCUUCAUCCUACUGACAUACUCUUCCUUCCUGGCUUUCCCAAGACAGCAGAGAUCCCAUGGUGUCUGCACUGAAGGCGUGCACCCUAAUGCUGU